UGGGGCUACAAGGAUACAAACAUAGUUGGAAAGGAAAUUGAAGACAUGCUAAACAGCAGAACUCUGGAACUUCUUUACAGCAAUGAGGAUCCGGCUACAUAUUUGCACUACAAUGAAACCAAAACAACUCCUGACUUACUCUUGGCUUCAAACGACAACAGUGAGCAUACACGCUGCAAAAUAAUUGACGAUCCUGGUUCUGGUCACAAACAAAUCAUUGCUAGUAUCAACAUCGGCAGCAAAAGCAUAACAUGGAAAGUGCCAACUAAGCUAUCAUGGAACUUCAAGAUGGCUGGCUGGUCUAGAUCCACUAAAGUUUUUAACAAUGAUUUUAACACAAGUCCUCUCAACUUCAAGCAACAUCCUGACAUACUUUGCACUGAUAUCACGAAUAUUAUGAUCAGAUGUGCAAAGAAAACUAUUUCCCGAGGCAAGACUAAACAAUAUCGAGUGUUUUGA